AUGUCAAAUUAUACUCAAACGACGCCAGUAGAUCAAGGUCAAGGACCUGUUGCUACUGUAUUAUGUUGUAAUUGUGGUGUUCCAAUGGAUGGUUCAUCUGGUUUAGUCAUGUGUUAUGAUUGUAUUAAAUUAAAUGUUGAUAUAACAGAAGGUAUACCAAGAGAAGCAAAUGUUUCAUUUUGUAGAAAUUGUGAAAGAUUUUUACAGCCACCUGGUCAAUGGGUAAGAGCACAAUUGGAAUCAAGAGAAUUAUUAGCCUUAUGUCUUAGGAGAUUAAAAGGUUUAAAUAAAAUAAGAUUAAUUGAUGCUUCAUUUAUAUGGACAGAACCACAUUCAAGAAGAAUAAGAGUUAAAUUAACAGUACAAGGUGAAGCUAUGGCUAAUACUAUAGUACAGCAAACUUUUGAAGUUGAGUAUGUUGUUAUUGCAAUGCAAUGUCCUGAUUGUGCAAAAUCUUAUACUACAAAUACAUGGAGAGCUACAGUUCAAAUUAGACAAAAAGUUCCUCAUAAAAGAACUUUUUUAUAUUUAGAACAAUUAAUUUUAAAACAUAACGCUCAUAUGGAUACUGUAUCAAUACAAGAAACUAAAGACGGUUUAGAUUUUUUUUAUGCUCAAAAGAAUCAUGCUUCAAAAAUGGUUGAUUUUUUAACUUCUGUUGCACCUGUAAAAGUUAAAAAGUCCGAAGAAUUAGUUUCUACGGAUAUUCAUUCAGGGAGUUCAAGUUAUAAAUUUUCAUAUUCUAUUGAAAUUGCUCCAAUUUGUAGAGAUGAUUUAGUUGUAUUGCCUAAAAAAUUGGCAAAUUCAUUGGGAAAUAUAUCAAGAUUGGUAUUAUGUAAUAAAGUUAAUAACAUGAUACAAUUUAUUGAUUGCAAUUCAUUACAAAUUGCAGAUUUAUCAUCACAAGUAUAUUGGAGAGCACCAUUCCCAUCAUUAAUAGAUGCAACACAAUUGAUAGAAUUUAUAGUGUUAGAUGUGGAACCAACUGGUGAUAUAAGAGGUAAACAUGUUUUAGCUGAUAUAGAAGUAAGCAGAGCAAGUGAUUUGGGUUCAAAUGAUCAAACAUUUUAUGUUAGAACUCAUUUAGGUGGUAUUUUACAUCCUGGUGAUUCAUGUUUAGGUUAUUAUUUGACUAAUACAAACAUAAAUUCAGAAUUAUGGGAUACUUUAGAUACUGAUAAUACACCAGAAGUAGUAAUUGUGAAGAAACAUUAUCCAAGAAAAUCUAAAAAAUCUAAAAAGAGACAAUGGAAACUUAAAAGAAUGGCUAAAGAACAUAAUGAUAUUGUUGCUAAUGAUGAUUCAAGACAAGCUAGACAAGAGCAAGAAAGAGCAGAAAGAGAUUAUGAAUUAUUCUUACAAGAAUUAGAAGAAGACGAAGAAUUAAGACAAACUAUUAAUUUAUAUAAACAUGAUCAACAAAAUAAUGUCCAAACUGAUGUUGAAGUUGAAGAUGAAGAUGAUGACGCUCCUCAAAUUGCUAUAGAUGAAUUAUUGGAUGAAUUAGAUGAUAUGAAAUUAGAAGAUACUGAAAUGAAUUAA